AUGGAAGAACGCGGCGAAAGUGCUGUGUGGGUGAACGGCGCAGAGCUACCCCUAUCUGAGUAUCUUGCCCACAGCGCCGGGUUACUGGCGAACCACGCACCUGUGCUGCUGUUGAAAAUUCUCGACCCCAAACCACAAGCCGUAGCGGGAGAAUUGUACUUUGAAGUACACGAAGAGAAGCAGGAGGUGUACAUCGUCACCCAUGUGGAUGCACAAGCCUGGCCAGGCGGCGUAGGUGGCAUUCGUUUUGGGAUGGAUCAGGUUAAACGCAAGUCUUUUGGCGAUGCCCAUCAGUUUCGCGCGGCUUACCUUGAAGCUGUACAGGCUUACGAGAAAAUUCGCCGCCAGAUCGAUGAGCAAGGUGUAACAGACCUUGCGGACGAUGAGGCAAAGGCGCGGGCCCACAUGAACAGCUUUGCCGCUCUACGUGACCUUAAGGUAGGCGAUGUGGUCAAAGUCCCAACCUGGACACCCCACUCAUUACUACACGGUGUGCGGGUAGUGGAGUUUCAAACCCAGACCUACGAACGCUUUAUUAUUUCUUUUGCUCAGCAGGUGGUUACCCAGGACCACUGGGACAGCACACAUGCUAUCUCCCAUAUGCAUAUCGACGCGCCCGCCCAGGAACAGUUUGAUCACAUUGAGCCUGGCAUAGAGCGGAUUGCCUCCUUUACCGAUUUCAAUGUGUGGCGCCUUUUUCAUCCCCUUCUCCGCACUGCCGAACACCCGGAUAACCGGCAGCGGAAAACUGUUGGUGGCCGCACCCAAUUUAUGAAAUAUCUUUCCCGGCGCGCACUGUUCCUGCUGGUUGUCAUGUCAGUGGCCGGUCUGGUGCUGGUGUAUCCGCCAAGUCGUUUGAUCAGCCUGCUGUGGCCCAACUGGUCCGUGCCGUUCGGCCUUAUGGCCGGGCUCCUGGCUUUCCCGCUGAUCUUGCGUCUACUUCACGAACAGACAAACCAUGCCUGGUCUCGCGCCAUCAGCGCGGUUGUGAUGACCUGGCUGGGGAUUUGUUUUGUCAUGCUCUGCCUGAUCCUAGUCGCAGAAGUGUUGCUGAUGUUUCCGCUGCCCAGCGAGACCGUCGGGCAGGGUGUUGCAGCUCUUGUUGUCCUUAUCAGCAUGUACGCCAUCUUCAACGCUCAUCGCCUGCACGUUCAUAAAAUCGAGGUCACCGCCAACCAGACAGUCAAUGGCACGCGGCUGGCGCAGAUUUCGGAUGUACAUAUCGGCAGCCGCCAGCCAGGCUUUCUGAAACCCAUUGUGCAGACGGUCAACGCACUCGACGCCGACUAUGUGCUGAUCACGGGUGACCUGAUCGAUAUGUCGAAUAUUGACAUCGACAGCCUCGCACCGCUGGGUGAAAUCAAAGCACCGACCUUGUUCUGCAUCGGCAAUCACGAACGUUACGUGGAUCUGGACGCAAUCUGUCAACGCCUGUCGUCCCUGGGCAUUGAGGUGCUGCGCAAUCGCAGUAUUGAUCGCGACGGCCUGCAAUUCAUUGGUAUUGACGAUGCUGAAAGCAAAUCCCAGGUAGCACGCGAGAUCAAGGCCCUCAACGCUAACCCUGAUGCAUUUCGCAUUCUGCUCUAUCAUCGGCCCGAUGGCGCUGAAGAAGCUGCUGCCUGGGGUGUAGACCUGAUGCUCACCGGACACACCCACAGGGGCCAGAUUGUGCCGUUUAACUUUCUCGUAAAGAAAGUGCACGGGUACCUGGGGGCCUGUUAUGCGGCAAUUCCCAUGACCAACGCCAACUGGUCGGAGCCAACAGAUCUGAUUAUCGAGCAGAUCGAAAUUGGUCCGAUGCAAAACUACACCUACAUCAUUGGCUCGCGUGAAACCCGUGAGGUAGCCAUCGUUGACCCUGCCUGGGACAUUGAUGCGCUGACCAAACAUCUGGCAGAAAAGGACUACACGCUGAAAGCUGCACUUGCGACUCACUACCACCCAGAUCACGUUGGUGGCUCGUUCAGCGGCCAUAAUGUUGAAGGGAUUGCCGAACUGAUGGCUAUCAAUCCGGUUAAAGUCUAUUGCCAUAAAGCAGAGGCAGACGGCAUUAAAAAGGUCACUGAAAUUUCCGACAGCGACAUGGUGCGGGUGGACAGUGGUGACACUUUGAAGCUGGGCAACAUAGAAGUUGAGUUUCUACAUACUCCAGGGCACACACCGGGCAGCCAGUGCUUUCGAAUUAAAAAUACGCUGGUUUCAGGUGACACGUUGUUUAUUAACGGCUGCGGUCGCGUUGACCUGCCGGGGUCAAAUACCGACGACAUGUAUCACAGCCUGCGCAAGCUUGCGGACCUGCCGGACGACACGCUAUUGCUGCCUGGACACAAUUACGGCCACGUACCAAACGCCACCAUGGGUGAAACCAAGGGCAUGAACGUGCACCUGCGUAUCGACAACAUAGAGACUUGGCACGACAUCAUGGGGCACUAG